ACCUCCAACCAUCCAACCAGACAGUCAACCUGCCAACCGAACAACAAACCAGCGACUUUUUUCGGGCGUGUGUGAAUGACAAAGGCUGUUCUUUUAGUGGUGGGGAAUCUCAGAAUGAACUGAUAACAUUGUUGGUGACGUCAUAGUGUUCGUGCGCAUUCGUGCUGAUAAUUUAAGAUCACGAAGUCCUUGAGUGUAGGCAGGCUCUGCGCGAGGCUGGCAGAUUCGUUCCGAGUUCCGACGCGAUGGCGACGGCUAAGGAUCGAAGCUCGCAUCACGUGCCAGUAAUCCCGGUGGUGACUAGUGCUAUAAUUACACAGUUUGUUUCCAGUGCGUAGCUCACGCCUUUUGUUUAGAAAGUGACGAAAUCCGCUGUAGAGCAGCGAGAUGUAACGUCCACACUAAAUAAAUUCUUAAUUGUUUAUUUGCACCAUACAUAAAUAGUAGUGAUUGUAAGUCACCAUGUGUCGUGAUUGUUAAAAAUGAGUGCGGGUAGUUUACGCAUGUUUGUCGGUUGUGGAUCGCUCGGAGUUGUGAAGGUGAAAGGUACAAAAUUUUAUAUAUCACUCAGUUAAAUAGUGUUGUGAUACAUGCCAAUUUAAUCGUGGGAGCUGUGAAGACAAAGGUUGUAAACAUAACGGAUGACAGAUACCUAUAAAUUAUUCUGUUGUUAUUUGCUGUGUACGAACCAUAAAGGAGUUAGCUGUCACUGUGUUGUGCUGGUGGAAAAUGUGAUAUUCUUUCAUAUGUUGCGGAGUAAAAGAAUUUUUCGGAUCUAAUUUGUCGAAAUGGAAUGAUAAACGCGAACAGAUUUUAAUUUGGUUUAAGCGAUUAGCCAUGGAACUUAAGAGGCAGUUCCUACUUGUUUAUCAUUGAGUCCAAAACUUAUGAAAUUUAUCCUUACAAAAUAGGCCUGUCCCAUAUUGAGGGUUUCACCGAGAAUCAGAACUCUUUUCACUGCGAAUUAUAACUUGCUGGUAAGUGGUUUCUGAUACUAGCGGAUUACUCGUGCAGUAAGUUUUUAGGUUACUUAUCGGGGAGGGAAAAUAUGGACUCGAGUUUUUGUCACGGGUCUCUUAGAGAGUUAUCAUAAGACUGACAAGUGAUUGGGUGGUGUUCCACGGUCUGUGCCGCUGAAGAUGCAGAGAGACCGGCGUCUCGCAAAAUCCACAGAGACCCCCUCGUUGUUCUGAGUGACUAUCAAGGGGCUCGAUGUUGUGGCCCGGUGCUGUGUGGCAACCGGACGUACAUCGCGGCGUUGUGACGACGCUGGGCGAACGUGCUAGAAUUGUGACGUCCCGGCAACGCAAUGGCGAGGACCACGGCAGGUUCCGCGACUUACUGUUUCCCUGCCCGUGCACGGGUUCCCGUCACAUUGGAGUCAAUUUCAGCAAGCAGCGGCCCAAGACACAGUGGUAUGUCAAGCAGCCUACGUGGAGACUGUGGGGUGAGGAACGCGUGGAUGGAGGGAUUUACACAGUUUACCUCAAGAAGGUGCGAUACCACCGACCCACGAAGAGUGUCUCCUCGGACUCGGAUGACGAGAUCUCACAUCUGGAGUGGGAAACUGUUCGUGUAAGGUUUGUGAAAGCAGGCACUCUAGACAAAUUGGUGGAGAGCCUUGCAACAGACGACGGUGAAUUGGAAUCAACAUAUAUUAACGUCUUCCUCACUACAUACCGCACUUUUGCCACUGCUAAGCAAGUUUUGACCUUGCUUCUCGACAGGUAUGAACAGCUGGCCAACAACAAGCUGGACUUGCCCGAGUUGGUCAUGGAGCAACAUCGCAAGACAUUAGUGUUGGCGCUGCACGUGUGGCUUGAUUCCUAUCCUGAAGAUUUUCGUUCGCCCCCUACACACCCCACACUCCACCAGCUGCUGUAUUUCUGCCACCAGCACCUGCCCGAGUCAGAGCUUGAGAUGAAGGUUCGACAUCGACUGGACAGGUUCAGCAAGGAAGACCAGAUGUUUGAUUCUUGUCUGAUGUACCCAAAUUCAGGCCUACCAAACUUCAGCCAUCCAGCACUAGCUAAUGGAUAUUCUGCCAUCGCUGUGCCACUUCCAUAUGUGUUCCCUGAUGUACCAGAACGUCACUUUGCAGAGCAGCUUACCAGGAUGGACAUGGAGUUAUUCAAGAAAUUGGUGCCACACCAGUGUCUUGGUGCCAUAUGGUCCCGGCGUGACAAGAAUCGGAGCCAUGAGGCAGCCACUGUGCUGGCCACAGUGAAUCAGUUUAAUGCUGUUUCACUGCGUGUAAUCAGCACUGUACUCAUGGAUCCAGAUAUUCGUCCCAGUGAGCGAGCACGAAUCAUAACCACGUGGAUUGACAUAGCACAGGAGUUACGGGUGUUAAAAAAUUUCUCAUCUCUCAAAGCCAUCAUCUCGGGUCUGCAGUCAAAUUCAGUGUACAGGUUACAGCGGACAUGGCAGGUCGUGACACGAGAGAAGGUGGAACUCUUUGAAGAACUAGCCCGAAUAUUCAGUGAAGACAAUAAUCAGUGGGCACAGCGGGAGUUGCUGAUGCGUGAAGGCACAGCUAAGUUUGCAGACACAGUGGGAGAAAAUGAUCGCCAGCUACAGAAAGUGUUCCAACGACAACUAAACAAUAGCGGGAGCAUCAGCCAUGGUACAAUUCCUUACUUGGGAACAUUCCUCACAGACCUGACCAUGAUUGACACAGCAAUCCCUGACAUGGUCGCUGAUGGCCUUAUCAAUUUUGAUAAGAGAAGGAAAGAGUUUGAAGUUCUGGCACAGAUUAAACUUCUGCAGGGAGCAGCAAAUGCAUACAACUUGCCUGAUGACCCUGCCUUUGAUCGCUGGUUUGACUCCAUUUUUGUGCUAGAUGACCGUGAAGCAUAUGAAUUGUCAUGUCAGAUAGAGGCACCUGUACCAGGUCAGGGGCAGGGCAGUGCUGGUACAACUAGGGAGCUGAGACACAAGAGACGAGCAGGUUUGGGACACCACAAGAAUGAUUCAAUUGCAAGCACAUCAAGCAGCUCAAGCAGUCAAUUUUAUUGUGAUCUGGACAGCUUGCCCUCCUCACCUCACAACUCACUGGACAGAAAGACAUCUCCUUCGCAGAUGUCAUCUUCAUCCAGCAGUUCAUCACUCCCAUCUCUGGACACAUCGAUGAGCAGCAGCAACACUAAUACAUCUGCAGCAAACAGCACUACCAGUCGGAUGCUGACUGUGCCAGGACAGUCUCCAUUGUCAAAACCUCAACAUGACUUCUACAUUAUUCGUGUUACAGUUGAGACAAGCUCUGUUGAGACAGAUGGUAUUGUUCUUUACAAGAGCAUCAUGCUGAGCAACAAUGAACGUACUCCACAAGUUAUUCGUAAUGCCAUGUUGAAGCUUGGCCUUGAGGGGAAUCCAGACAGCUACACACUAGCCCAGGUGUUACCUGAUAAAGAACUGGUACUUCCUCAAAAUGCAAAUGUCUACUAUGCAGUCAACACAGCAUUUAAUCUAAAUUUCAUCCUGAGGCCUAAGAGGAGCAGUCCUUUGGAUAGUGCAGCUCUUGGCAGAGCCAAACCACCUAAGAAAUCUCCUCUAGCAACUUGAACUGUAAUGUGAUUAGGAGGUGAAUCUCAAAUGGGUUCUUACUGGUAUUACUGCUGCAAAUCCUGGUGACACAAGAAGUGUGAGUGCAGUUCUAGACAGAGCGUGGACUCAAUUGUUCGUGAAUUGCCAUGCAUUCACUGUGCAAUAUGUGCUGGGUUAGUCAGCAUGCUGAAGAAACUUUUAUAUUUUUAUGAGAGAUUUUUAUGAGAGAGGUGAGUGUUUUGUAUAAGUUCAUUGGCCAAGUUACUUUCCAUGGAGUAAAGUUCCAUGCUUUAAUGUACAAAUACUGGCACAUGUAAUCUUAAUACUGGGGCUUCCUCAGUUAAUUUUAUGCCGUGAGCAUAAAAAUUAACCUAGCUAGUCCUGUUAGACAUGUUGCAGCUGUUACUGUUUGUAAAGAUGUACCUAUACCACUUUUGUAUCAAAUUGCAACAUGAACUUAAUUUUGCCUGUUUCUGACCAAGAGUCCUGUUUAUUCUGGUCUUGUUGAAGCCUGUAAACAUUCUUGAUAGAUGCCAUGACCCUCUUUAAAGAGGAUGUUAGGAAAGAACAUGGAACAUUUCCAGAGCAUUUUCCCAUUUGUGCCUAGUCACUGACCCCUCAGACCACUUAUGUUUGAGGAAUGGACUGUAAGUUGUACUCAGACAGCUGCUGCAGUUAUUCGCAUGUAGUGGGAAAUGAGGGAAAUUUAAUUAAGUUAUAGCAUCUAUGAACAUAAAGGCGUUUCAUUAUGAAACUGGCAGAGUACAGAUAAUUUGUGACUGCACAUCUUUGGACCCAUAUGAGCCAUUUUGAAUACAGGAAAUUGUGCAUAUGAAGUGAAAAUCAGUUUUGUAUAAAAAUAACGAAACAUCAGCCUUGAAACCUUGUUUUUUAAUUAGUGAAGGUAAAGCACAGCAUAAAAUUCUAGUGCAGAGUAAGAGGGUACAGAGAAUAGGUAUGCAUGGGCAACAGCUUUUGCAUUUCUCUGUGGGUCUGGUAUGUUUUCCAGCAUGUUAGCUUAACGAGAGAUGUGCUGCAAAACACUAGUAUUAAACAUAUACUAAUUCAUAUGUGCUGUGAGCUUUCAUUAUCGUGGCCCACAUUUUAUAACAGAGCAACAAAUGUGUUACAGAUCAGCCACCAUUUGUAUGUUAUUUAUUUGAAAGUUUACCUUCCUAUAUUUAAAUCACAGGAAUCAAUACAUAUAUUUAUAAAGAGAGAAAGUUUGUGUUUUAAUUUGAACUGAAAACACUUAGAAGAUAAAGGGCUACAUUUCCCAGUUUUGUUGGGGAAAUGGGCAAAAAAAAAUGUAGGAACUGUUUAAAAUAGUCGUCAUAACAUACUUGAAAAUGUAAAGUGUUUUCGCAGUCUGCAAAGUGCAGUGUGUGCAAGAAAUGGCUUAAAAGUUUACAGCAAUGUUUUUCAAAACCAAGGACAGAGAACAGUGCAGAUAAGAAAACACACAGCACAUGAAUUUUGACAUAUGAAUCAGUAAGUGCAACAGUGCCUAGGUUUUAAUAUGAAUAAGAGAAACUCGGAAUGAUAAUAUGACAGUAGGAUGAUGAUUAUGAAUCACUACAGCUGUAUAUAGGCUCCAUUCACAAUCCUGUGUGGGGACAUCCCACAUAGCACGCUGUAUCCACCGGUCUUUUAGA